GCAGCUGUGUGUAGUUGUUAACAGGACUUUAAUCGUAGAUGAAGAUGUUGCUGCCACUCCUGCUCCUCGUCCUCGUUUCCCAGCAUGCCCUGGCUCCGGUGGUGGAGGUGUAUGUGAGGGAAAAAUUUGUCCUGUUGCCUUUCAAGUACUCAGGUUUUAUACCUGAGGACAAUCCCACAGUGCUGUGGACUCGCAAUGAUCUCAACCCCAAAUCUGUCCACCUACGACGAGAGGAAACAGAUGAUCUUAAAGGGCAAAACCAGCGUUACAGAGGGCGCACAUCAAUGAAGUCUGAUGCUCUGGACACUUUAGACUUCAGUCUCAAUCUGACAAACCCCGAAAUGAAUGAUAGCGGCACCUACACCUGCUCCAUCGGAAAUGAAAGGGAGGAACUGAAACUGACAGACAUACAGCUGCAUGUCAAAGACCAGCAGGUGGAGGUGAAAGUGGAGGAAGGGUCAGACUCUGUCACGCUGCCCUGCAACACAACACCUGACCUGGCUGAGGACACCACAGUGGAGUGGACUCACUCUGAUCAAGAACUCACGGUGGUCCAAGUAUAUUCAAAUAAGAGUGAUCACCUGAAACAGCUGGACAACCUUUACUGCGGCCGUGGAGAGAUGAAAGAAAACCUGCUGAGAACUGGAGACCUCCGUCUGACCCUGAAAUACCCCACAAAGAGAGACAGUGGAGGAUACAUCUGCACCAUCUACAGGGGCAAAGACAUCCUGAGACAGAAAGUAGUGCUGCAGGUCAAAGAACCAUUUUCAGCCUGGGCCACAGUUCUCCUGGUUCUCCUGGUUCUUCUUGGGAUUUCUGGAGGUCUUUUAUUUCAUUUCCGGCACUAUUUCAUGUCAGUUUACAAGGUGGAGGUGGAUUCAGGGGUGGAGUCUGUCCUGCUGCCCUGCAAAACCACAGUUUGCCUGCCUGGAGAUGCUAAAGUGGUGUGGAGGGACAGUGAUGACAGGGAGGUCUACGUGUAUGAGAACAGCUCUGACCAGCCUGAAGAACAGGACCAGGAUUACAGAGACCGAACGAAGAUAAAUGAAGACCUGCUGAAAACUGGAGACCUCAGUCUGACCCUGAAACACCCCACAGAGAGAGACAGUGGGAGAUACAGAUGCAGAGUCUACGGGAAGAUCCAGAGAUACAAAACUGUGCUGCUCAGAGUCAAAGUUUCCCAGCAUGCCCUGGCUCCAGUGGUGGAGGUGUAUGAGGGGGAAAUAUCUGUCCUGUUGCCUUGCGAGUACUCAGGUUUUAUACCUGAGGACAGUCCCACAGUGCUGUGGACUCGCAAUGAUCUCAACCCCAAAUCUGUCCACCUACGACGAGAGGAAACAGAUGAUCUGAAAGGGCAACACCAGCGUUACAGAGGGCGCACAUCAAUGAGGCCUGAUGCUCUGGACAUUUUAGACUUCAGCCUCACUCUGAGAAACCCCAGACUGACUGAUAGCGGCAACUACACCUGCUCCAUCAGAAAUGAAAGAGAUGAAUUGAAACUGACAGACAUACAGCUGCAUGUCAAAGACCAACAGGUGGAGGUGGAGGUCGUUGAAGGAUCAGACUCUGUCAUCCUGCCCUGCAACACAACACCUGACCUGCCGGAGGACACCAGAGUGGAGUGGAUGAGAUUUGACCAAGAAAUCAUGAUGGUCCAUGAGUAUUCAAAUGGAAGUGACCGACUUAAGCACCAGGACGACCGUUACUGUGAUCGCACAAAGAUGAAUGAAGACCUGCUGAGAACUGGAGACCUCAGUCUGACCCUGAAUUACCCCACAGAUGGAGACAGUGGAGGAUACAUCUGCACCAUCUACAGGGACAAAGACAUCCAGAAGCAGAAAGUAGUGCUGCAGGUCAAAGAACAGUUUCCUCUUUGGGCCACAGCUCUCCUGGUUCUCCUUGUUCUUCUUGUGGUUUCUGGAGGUCUUUUAUUUUAUUUCCGGCACUAUUUGAUGGCAGUCCCCUGGGUGGGGGUGGACUCAGGGGUGGAGUCUGUCCAGCUGAUCUGCAAAACCACAGUUUGCCUGCCUAAAGAUGCUAAAGUGGAGUGGAAGGACAAGGACAACAGGAAGGUCCACGUGUAUGAGAACGGCUCUGACCAGCCUGAAGAACAGGACGAUAAAUACAAGAACCGAACAAAGAUGAAGAGAAACUUACUGGAACCUGGAGACCUCAGUCUGACCCUGAAACACCCCACAGAUGGAGACAACUCCACCUACACCUGCACCGUCUACAGCAGGGAGGGAAACAUCCUGCUGAAGAGAAAGGUGGAGCUGAAAGUCAGAGGUCAGUGCUGUAGAUACAGGUCAAAGGUCAGAGGUCAGACCCAUGAUGGUGGUUCAGUCUCAGUGGGCUCCAUCCAAUAAUGUUACAGUGUUAGCAUGUCUGAUGUUUGUGGCUGUUUUGGUUUUUAUUUGAUUUCCAGCCAAAUGUAAAAGCUUCAGCAGAUGAACUGUAGGAGCAAAGUUCAUGUGUGAGACUUCAUCUGAAAGGUAACAUCUUCUAGUUUCUGAACAUGUGUUUGUUUAGCAUGUGGCUAAAACACAGGCUAAGCUAAGUCAGUUCAAACAUCAGUAAAAACCUUCUUUUGUCAUGAUUCGGCUGUGUGGCUGGCAGGAAGUGGACCCAAACGCAAGCUCACGGAGGCAGGAAUGAACUCAAAACACAGCUUUAUUGCUGGACAGGAAAACCAUACAAACUAAACUGGAAACUAUAACAUAUUACACGGAGAAACACACGGCCAGAACUGAGGGAGACGCAGACAUAAAUACACAGAGGGUUAAUGAGGGAAGUGGGAGCACACGGGGAACACAGGUGACACUGAUAAUCAUAACAAGACAUGGCAGGAGUAGUAAACACGACACUGACGGGAGACUGUCAAAGUAAAACAGGAAGUACAGAGGUUCAGACAAGCGGAGAGAGUGCACGACAUAACGGGCUGGGAAAAACAUGGAAUAAAACACAAGGAGGGGAACGAGGGUCUACAGAUACACAGAGGAGCACACAGGGGGUAAUCAAAUAAGGAGCAUCUUAACAGAACAACCUAGAAGCCAGGGCACAAGUAAAGAACAAAACACAAAACACACGAAAACUAAGAAUACUGGGCCAACAUGGCCCAGGAUCAUGACAUCUUUGGUCCUCGUCUAUAAUCAGUCAUAUCUGAGUCACAAUAACUAGAAGAUGAUUUCUAGCAGAACUGUGAAAAUCUCCACAUCCUUUCUCCAUGUUAUCAUCCAAAGCUGUGUGAAGUUUCAGAGCUCUGCAGCUAACAGAGACUUUCAGUUUGCUGCUCUCUUCCUCUGACAGCUCCAUUCUUAGGGAGCGUUAGUUCUCUGUUUCACUUUAUUCCACUUAUUCAGUCUGAUGUUCUCUGAUCUGUUUCUCUUGUUUAGUGUCUUAAAUGCUGCCAGUGCCUCUCUUUGCU